UUGUAUAUAGUUUUCUUUAAGUGUAUAACCAUAUUUUGAGGGGACUUAAGAGUUAUAAUAUAUACGUGUUGUUUAAAUACAACAGAAUAUAAUCAGAAAUGUGAAUAAUACACACAUUAUCCGAUAAACAUAUUUAUGAAUGAUAACAUAAGAAAGUGGCGAUAUUUUUGUUUGAUUUUAUUUCGCAAUCAGCGUGAAGUGCAUUUGAACAUUCGUAGAGUGCUGGAAAAAACAUGUAUACAUUUAAUAUAUCGGAUAUAAUAUAUGUGUGUGUGAGUGUAUUACAUAUACUAUUAGCCGUGUAAGAAAUAUUACCUUUUAUUCUCGAAAUGGCAAACAAACUCCGAAUACUAUCCUUGUUCUACUUGUGCUCCACGAUAACAUAUAAUAAAGCAGACAGCGUCAGUGAUACUGAACAAUUGCUUUCCAAUUUGUUUACUAACUAUACUAACAUAGUGCGUCCAGUGUCAGACCACACAAAGGCCUUAAACGUCAGCAUUGCACUGUUUGUUAAGUCUUUAAAGGAAUUUAACGAAGUGGAAGAAACGUUUUCGUACACUGGUGCUCUUCAGAUGACAUGGAUUGACUACCGACUGAAAUGGGAUCCAGAACAAUAUGGUGGCAUUGAGAGUAUAACUGUCCCAGUAUCCAACGUAUGGUUACCAGAAAUCUUUCUCGCAUCACCAGCAACCACGAAAAUGUAUUUUGUCCAAAGUUGGAACAAGGCGCGGAUAUGGGACGACGGAACAAUCGAACUACUACAAGGGGCUAUGAUUGAAACUACUUGUUCCUUGAACGUCAAAUAUUAUCCUUUCGAUGUCCAGGCGUGUGACACUCUACUUAUGUCCCUCGCUUACAAGAACAACGAGGUUAACUUGCUGAAAAUCGGGCAGACGGGCAUAGACUUCACCCUUUACCAAAACAACUCACUUUGGGAGAUAACGUCCACAUCUGUUUACGUUGAAACCCUGGCAACCGGAACUGAACUACAAAUGCAUUUUAUUUUGUACCUGAAAAGGAAAUCCGCCUACAUGGUUCUAAAUGUUUUGAUGCCUAUUCUGUUUUUAAGUUUACUGAAUGCACUGGUGUUCUGGCUAGUUCCGGAAUCCGGGGAACGAAUUGGAUAUUGCAUUACCACCCUACUGGCCAUCGCUGUCUAUAUGACUAUCGUUAUGGACUACCUUCCCCAAAGUUCGGAUCCAGUACCGUUUAUAUCGUACAAACUUGUGAUUGACCUGAUUAGCAGUUCUCUUAUAAUAGUGGUCGUCAUCUUCAACAUGCGCCUGCACAACAAAGCCGGCGAUCAAAACGUUCCAGGCUGGCUCAGGUCACUGUAUCGAGCCCUUGCAUGCUACAACUGUAAGCAAAAGAAAGUUAACCCUGAAAUCAUCCAAGUUAAGGUUGCAGCGUGGCAAAAGAAAGAAACUGUUGAAAAUGGCAGCGAGGAAAAGAAAAAGAUAGCGAAGAAUGAUGGCGACUUGAUUGAUGAGGAUGGGAACAAAAUAACAUGGCAAGAUAUCAGUGCUAUGGUUGACUGGUGUGCCUUCGUUUUCUUUGUUAUGAUUUCUCUGCUAAGCUUCUUUGUGUUUGUUGGUGCUGCACUUGGAAAUACAUAGAGACUGUAUUAGACGAAAGUGCUUGUUAUUUGUUGUUUGCAGAAUAAGUCGAGGUAUUUGGUAAACAUUGGUUAUCCUCGUCGUUGCUUGAAAAACACUUUUACGAUUUCGAUAAUUAAAAACGCUCAAGAAACUAAAACACCGAGACAAUACUCACAUGUAUAAGAAAGCACAUAGCUUUUUCGACUGGAAUGAAAGGAAAAUACUCAGAUAUAGACAGACAAGCGUUGCCAUUCGUUGACGGUGCUCUUGUUUUAUAAUCUAAUUACCAAUAGGCAAUCAAGUAUUUAACCCAUGUAUUAUCAAAGGAUGCCUCGGGUAUAAAUAUUAUUAGAGAUGCAUAAGACACUUACACUACAUACAUAUUUGAGCAAACAUUCGUUUUGUUUAUGGAUGCUAUGUAUAGGUUUAGAUUCUUUUUUAGUUUUUCGCAUAAAUGUUUAUACAAAAAUCAAGCUCAGCACAUGUUUGUUUUCAUAUAGACUGUCUAAUGAGUUUUGUGCAAUAUUUCUUCUUAACAAAUAUUGCAUUUUUUACAUUUUUUUACUUAGUCGUUACAUAUCCACUCAUUACCAUUACACUUAAUUUUUUUGAUAUUGUGCAUUCAGCGAAACCAGUUCUCACCAGAAUUAAUUGAAUUUGGUGGAUCGCAGAAUUUGCCGAUUCAUGCGUAAACAUUUUUCAACGCUUUCAACGGAUCUAGGAGAUGAUUUUCACUAUAUAUUCCACAUUUAAUGAUGAAAACAUACAGAAAUUGGCAACCAUUGCAACAGACUACCUAAUAUGGCUUAUUAUUAAUCAACUAUUACGUAUUUGACGAGAUACAGAGACUAUUGUCGUAUCAAUACUAGGCCAAUAUGAAAUCACCUAAUUAAUAACAUUAUGAUAUAAUGAACACUUUUCGCAGAGAAAAUAAGUCAAAUUUAAAAAAAGCUAUAUUUUAAGGGUAUAUUGAAGCCUUUCGCCAAACGUAAUUGUAAAUCAUUUACAUAUCCAGAAGGGUUUUUCCAUGUUUUCAUUGUACAUGUUUCAUCUUAUCUAUAUGUUGUACAAAAAUUCUUUUACAAAUGCCUUUGUAUAGAAAAAGUUUGAUUUUACUGUAUAACCUUUAUAUACUUGUUUCUUAUAUAUUCGUGUUAUUUUUAUGUGUGUAUACAAUUUUAUUCAUCUUUGUAAUUAAUCUGUUUUUGAAGCACUUAUUCAUUACUCGACUAUUUUUUUCGUGUUUUGGUUAUGUUUAUCAUAGAAUAUUUAGACUUAACCAAAAGUGCAAAAAAAUCAUAUUUUAAUAAAUGUAUUGAAUACCUUGAAAAUAUUAUAUACUCAUUCAAUAAUUAAUACCACAGUAUUUGUAGCAUGUUUCUUCAUUAA